AUGUCGACCAAGGAGCUGGCGUACGACGUCGGCAUCAUCUACGAGGCUGGGAGCGACACGACAUCCAUGGCCCUCGAGAUAUUUACGCUGGCGAUGCUCGUGUAUCCCGACGUGAUGAAGAAAGCGCAGGCCGAGAUCGACAGCAAGUGGGGGGACCGGUCCCCGGGUUUCGAGCACAAGGAUUCGCUGUCUUACUUGGACGCCGUGAUCAAGGAAGUCCUGCGCUGGCGACCCGUGAGUGCGGGCGGGAUCCCGCACGCCGUCAUCCAAGACGACGAGUAUAUGGGCUACCACAUCCCCGCCGGCGCCACCGUCAUCGGGAACCACUGGUCGAUCCACCUGGACGAGGACGUUUACAAGGACCCAGACACCUUCAACCCGGACCGGUGGAUUGAGGAUCCUUCCCUGCCGCUCGCCCCGUUCGGAUUCGGCAGGCGGAUCUGCACGGGCCAGCACCUCGCUCGCAACAGCCUCUUCAUCAACAUGGUGCGCAUCCUCUGGGCGUUUGAUAUCACGCACGCAUACGAGACUGUGGUGGAGAUAGACGACAAGGGCCAGGCGGUGCACGUCAGGCGAAAGUGCGAAGUCGACCCGCUCGCGUUCACGCAGGGAUUGAACUCCAAGCCGAUGCCGUUCAAGGUCGACUUCAAAGUGAGAUCGCCGGAGAGGGCGCAGAUUGUGGAAGAUCAAUGGAAUUCGGCGGAAAAGAGACUUGAUGUGUUGCUGGAAAGCAUCCGGGCUGAUGUGAGUGGGAAAUGA